AGCUUGAAGAUCGCUCUGUGGUCCCUCGAGAUGUGGUCAGACAUAUGAGCUCCAGCGACAGCCAGUGUGGGACUGUAAUUGAUGUCAACAUAGAGUGUGCUGUGAAGCUGGUAGGAACCAACUGCAUCCUCUACCCUGUCAACAGCAAAGACCUGCAACAUAUCUGGCCUUUCAUGUAUGGUGACUACAUAGCCUAUGACUGCUGGCUGGGCAAGGUCUAUGAUUUGAAGAACCAAGUCAUCCUCAAGCUUUCCAAUGGAGCCAGGUGUUCUAUGAGCACAGAAGAUGGAGCCAAGCUGUAUGACGUUUGUCCUCAUGUCAGUGACUCGGGUCUCUUCUUUGAUGAUUCAUAUGGCUUUUAUCCUGGGCAAGUCCUCAUCGGGCCUUCUAAAGUCUUUUCCAGUGUGCAGUGGCUCUCGGGUGUGAAGCCUGUUCUGAGCACAAAGAGCAAGUUCAGAGUGGUGGUGGAAGAGGUACAGGUGGUAGAACUAAAGGUUACUUGGAUCACUAAAAGCUUCUGUCCUGGAGGUACUGACAGUGUGAGCCCUCCUCCCUCCAUAAUCAGCCAGGAGAACCUGUCCAGGGUAAAGCGUCUAGGGUGCUUUGACCAUGCCCAAAGGCAGCUUGGGGAAAGAUGCCUCUAUGUGUUCCCAGACAAAGUGGAACCUGCAAAAAUCACCUGUGAAUGCCCCGAGAGGAACUGUGUCCUGGGUGAAGGAUCAGUUGCCAAAAAGGUGAGGCGGCUGCUGAAGAAGCAGAUAGUGAAGAUCAUGUCAUGCUCCCCAGAGUCUCAGGGUACCAAUGAAGCCCCUGACAAAGAGUCUGCUGCAGCUGCUGACCAAAAAUCAGAAGAGCUUAAGCCUGGAUCAAAGUGUGAGCUGGAUGACUCUUCCAACAGUGCACCAAGUCCUGGGGAGAGGAAGGAGGAGCAGCCUGAAGAAACAGGGAAGGAGAAAGGGGGAGCAGCAGUGCGACAGCAGCAGCCUCCCUUUCUGCUGAAAGACGAAGGGUCGUCUGACUAUCGGCUUCAGUCCAUGGAGCAAGAUGCUGAUGAUGAGGCAGCUGAUGACACUGAUGACACUAGCUCUGUCACCUCUUCUGCUAGCUCCACUGCCUCAUCCCAGAGUGGCAGUGGCACUGGCCGUAAGAAGAGCAUCCCUCUUUCCAUCAAAAACUUGAAGCGGAAGCACAAGAAAAAGAAGACCAAGAUUUCACGAGAGUUUAAGCCAGGAGACAGGGUUGCUGUAGAAGUGGUGACCACGAUGACUUCAGCUGACGUGAUGUGGCAGGAUGGCACCGUGGAGACAAACAUUCGCUCCAAUGAGCUGAUUCCAGUCCACCAUCUGGACAACAACGAGUUCUGCCCUGGGGAUUUUGUGGUGGACAAAAGAGCUCAGAGCUCCCAGGACCCUGGGUUAUACGGAGUUGUGCAGUCCGGUGACCAUAUUGGCCGUACCUGUGUGGUGAAGUGGUUCAAGUUGAAAUCCAGCGGAGAUGAUGUGGAGCUGAUCGGGGAGGAGGAGGAUGUGAGUGUGUAUGAUAUUGCUGAUCAUCCAGACUUUCGCUUCCGCACUACUGACAUUGUGAUUCGCAUUGGCAACUCGGACGGAGCCACAGCUAAGGAAGAUGAGCCUUCGGUUGGACAGGUGGCUCGUGUGGAUGUCAGCAGUAAAGUGGAAGUGGUGUGGGCUGAUAACUCCAAGACUAUCAUUCUGCCUCAGCACUUAUACAAUAUUGAAUCAGAAAUUGAGGAGUCAGACUACGAUUCUGUUGACGGCAGCACCAGCGGGGCAUCCUCUGAGUGGGAGGAUGAAAGCGACAGCUGGGAGACAGACAAUGGCCUCAUGGAAGACGACCACCCAAAAAUUGAGGAGUUAGAGCCUGAGGAGCCGGCAGCAGAGGAGGUGAAAAAAGUAGAGGAACAAGUCCAGGGAGCUGUGGCUAUGGCAGUUGCAGACCUUGCUGCAGAGAAAGCUGGCAAGGACGGAGCCCCAAAGAGCUUCCGGGAACUAAAGGAGGCCAUCAAGAUCUUGGAAAGCCUGAAAAACAUGACUGUGGAGCAGCUGCUGACUGGCUCUCCCACCUCCCCAACUGUGGAGCUGGAAAAACCCACUCGGGAGAAGAAGUUCUUGGACGAUAUUAAAAAGCUGCAGGAAAAUCUAAAGAAGACCUUGGAUAAUGUGGCUAUUGCAGAGGAGGAAAAGAUGGAAGCCAUGGUGGAGACGGAGAAGAAAGAAGAAAAAGCAGAGGCACAGACACCAGUGAGGUCGGAGUGGCCCAGUGAGACACCAGUGCUCUGCCAGCAGAGUGGAGGCAAGCCUGGAGUCACCUUCACCAGUGCCAAGGGAGAAGUCUUUUCUGUGUUGGAGUAUGCUCCAGAUACCCAUGCCUUCAAGAAAAUGGAGUUCCAGCCCCCAGAAGCAAAGAAGUUCUUUAGCACCGUGCGGAAAGAGAUGGCUCUCCUGGCCACCUCCCUGCCUGAUGGCAUCAUGGUUAAAACUUUUGAGGAUCGAAUGGAUCUCUUCUCAGCACUUAUAAAAGGGCCCACACGCACGCCCUAUGAAGAUGGCCUCUUUCUCUUUGAUAUCCAGCUCCCCAACAUCUACCCCGCUGUCCCGCCUCUCUUCCGCUACCUCUCCCAGUGCAGUGGGAGACUGAAUCCCAACCUGUACGACAACGGCAAAGUGUGUGUCAGCCUCCUGGGGACGUGGAUAGGCAAGGGGACAGAAAGGUGGACCAGUAAAUCCAGCCUCCUUCAAGUACUCAUCUCCAUCCAAGGUCUCAUCCUAGUGAAUGAGCCCUACUACAACGAGGCGGGCUUCGACAGCGACCGGGGCCUCCAGGAGGGCUAUGAGAACAGUCGCUGCUACAAUGAGAUGACCCUGAUCCGGGUGGUGCAGUCCAUGAUGCAGCUGCUGCGCAGGCCGGUGGAAGUCUUUGAGCACGAAAUCCGCGAGCAUUUUCGCUGCAACGGCUGGCGCCUGGUGUCCCGCAUCGAGUCCUGGCUGGAGACGAACGAGCUGGUGGAGCGGAGCCAUGAACAGGCCAAUGGGGCAGAUUCUGCCUCCCUCCUCUCUGCCUGCGGCACCCUGGCCGAGAGCCCAGGAGACAAUGUGGGAUCGCUGGGGGAGUACAGCAGCAGCUUGGAGCAGGGGGCGGCCGCUGAACUUUCCGACUCGGCACUCGACGGGAAGGAGGAGCUGGACGAGUCGGAGUUCACAACCUCGACGCCCAACGCUGGUGAUCUCCAACAGUACUCAGACUCGGAGAGCACAGGCCAAGCCAGGGGGGUAGACCUGGCCAGAGACCGAACGGACGAGGGGAAGGCUGCCCAGGACUCUGCCUUGCAGCCUAGUGUGAAACCAAAGAAAAGGAGAAAGAGCUACAGGAGUUUCCUUCCGGAGAAGAGCGGUUACCCUGAUAUUGGGUUCCCCCUCUUCCCUUUGUCCAAGGGGUUCAUUAAAAGCAUCCGCGGUGUCUUGCAGCAGUACCGGGCUGCCUUAGCAGGGGCCAAUAUCCCAGAGUGGACAGAGGACAAAUAAACCGUCAGGUUAGGGACAGGCAGGUGCAGGGGAGAAGGGAAAGCAGCAGAAAGGAAAUUGGCAAACGCUGUUACCAGUAAACUGGCUUCUCCUUCCAGCUUUUCUUCCUCAGCUUGGUUUGUUCCAAAGAAGGUGGUAGGCCUGAUUGCUCCUCCGAGGAAAAGCUGUCUAAGCAUGAAUAACUCUUUGCCCCCAGCCCUUCUUCCUUCCCCCUGUCCCAUGUACGUGCUCCUCUUGCGAGUUUGACCCUGCAAUGGUAAGAUUUGAGACCUGCACAGAAGCAGUCUUGCAGCCACGUUCCCUCUGCACUUUCAUCUUGGGGCACCUUUCCACACAAGGACUGUUCCCACCCAGCGCUACACCCAGCAGUUUGUUCUGGUGGGGUUCAAGCCAGGAGAAGUGAUUGCUGUAGUAUCUGGAAGUGAAGGGCAAUGCCCUCCCGGUCUUUCAUUUUUCUCUGCGUUACCAUGGGUUUUAUGAAGUCUACCCCAGCUUAUAUGUACUUAGACAUUGGAUUGUGUUUGCAUUGAAGUUGUCUACACCAUACGGAGUUGCUCUAGUCUUAGUUGUUCACCGAUAGCUGCGGGGUUCUUCCGAUCGGGACUCGGUAGGCAGAACCAGAGCUCUGCACUAGCACUUGUGCUGCCCUGGUAGUGCUGCGGGAUUUCCAUCCAGUUCUGCAACUUCUGGUCGGUUUUCUGGAAGCAAUUCUAGCCAUCCCCACUUCUUUUUCUCCAGAGUAAGGCAAACUUCCCUUUCCCCACCAUGCAUGCCUGUCUUCUAGCAAUACACGGGAUUCAAGGUUCUGCCCUUGUUACUUGCUUAGGUAUCCGCGUCUUUCGUUCCCAGCCGUCCUGGCUGUCACACAGCACUACACCUGCCCCUGGAUCUCCGCCUCGCCUGGGCAGGCGGCAGCGAGUGAUCUUGGGGAGUAUUGUAGAUCUAGCAGCUAGUCUGGAUGGUGAACCUGGCACGGCUGCUGCUUCUCCGUCAUUCGGCUGUAGAUGGGUAUUUCGGAGCUGUUUGAGCCAGGGUCACCCAAGGGAAAGGAGCUGUCGCGUUGUGAGGAGGUCCUGUUGUAGUAGCAGCAGCAGUUUGUGACCGUUCCUGUGCUGUUACUCAGCCAGCAACUGGAGCACAGCCGACACUGGUGCGGACUGUUAUCAACUCCUUCCCUUGCCAGCUGUUUCCCAUGGUGGCCUGGGUCCGCUGUGGCCGGCAGCGUUGUGGGCACAGCACAUACUAUCCCUAAUCUCAACUGCAGCGCUGCUGUGCCGCUCUGGGAAAUGGCUGGCGAGAUCAGCCCGUGUUUCAGCAGCAGAGAGCUAUCUGAGCUGGUGACUGUGAGCACUUUGAAGCAGUGACUUGCCAGAGUCUCCUGGUCAAGACACCUUCCUGAACCCUCUUUUUUUUCUGUGUGUGCACGCACUUACUUUCACUUCUGGAGCUGGGAGAUUGCACUCCGGCACUACUGCAUUUGCCCAAUGCUUAGGCAUUGGAGAAGCACCCACUUAGCAUCCAUGUGGAGCACGGUCUGUCAGGGAGAGUCCGUUGGUCCUUCCAGCUGGCACAGGGAGCCAGUGGUGCCAGGCUUCCCGGGGAGGAGUCGGGCUGAGCAGACGGCUCUGCCAGAAGUAAGGAUGGAGACAAAACUCUCCUUUGCUCUUGCUCGAUAUGGCUGUGUCCCUUCCCCCCAACCCGGGCCAGGAUCUGGCCUCCUCAUUUUGAAACGGAGAACAGCAGCCGAAUCUCAGCACGUUUGCACGGUGCUUUCUGCUCCUUGAAACGCCAGGGUCUGCGCCCACUGGCCCAAAUCCCCCCACCCAGGUCCCUGCACCUGCUAUUUCCAGCUGCCCCCGUGAUGCUCCGGAGCCAGGGGGCUGGCUGCGCAAAGCCCUUCUCGUGUCACCAUCCACUGCCGGGAUUUUGGAAGGCAUGUCCUGCUCCCGGUGCUCUGGAGGAAGCAGGGCUUGGCUGCGAACGAAGACCUGGGCCUGCAGAGCUCUCUAAGCGCACUGGUCUG